GCAUGCUUUGAGAAGAGAGGUAUCGACUAUCCAUGUGUUCAAGUAUCCUAGAUACAUGCGAAGCAGUACGAGUUUAUAUUUACAUUUUUACUAUUCAACCUGUUGUCCUUCCAACUUCCUUCAUGGGGUUUUUUUUUUAAAUAAAAUAAAAGCUUGAUCAAUUGAUGUCUGUGUUCAAAGCCCAAGCACAUCCUAAUAUCGAUACAUUCCACACAGAUCUCCCGACAAGAUACACUAAUAGCGGGGCUCCCCAUCUGCAUGAACUAUUUUCACCCCUCUCUAAACCAUAUUCUUACUAGCCCUUGUUUCCUUUCCAUGUACUCAAGCAUUGAAUGUUUGGCGGUCUUCGGGAAACAUCGUCAUCCGGGUCUUUCAUGCUUCGCUCUCUCUUUUUUUUUCGUUUUGAUCUAGAUUCACAAUGUGAGUAUUGCCUCUUUCUUUAUAUCUAUCUCCUCAACUUUGUAUUGUGUUGUCUUAUGCUGAUACUGCAACAGUGACAGAAAGAUAGAUACCAAUUCCUCUGUUUCCUUCUCACUCCUUCUUGAAAGCAAUCCCAAUCAAACCAGUGGUUGUGCACAGCUCAAGCUCAACAUCUAGCGUGGUGAUUGAUAGCUUAGUCUCCACAGCAGAAAAGGUUCCCACUCACGGCACUACCCAUCUAAUACCUCGACCGAGUACAUAGUUUUCUCUCUCUUCACCUUACUGUCCCUUCAAUUGAUAUUUUCAUACCUUCCCCUCUACACGCGCAGGUCGUUAAUACAAUAAUUUCCGAAGUUUGUCAUUUGAGUAUUCCCAAACAAGCUUCCCUAUCACCAUAAUGGCUUCCUACCUCCCCGACGCCAUCACCGCGCCCAUAACGAGGAGUACCGACUAUCUCAAGAGUACAAUCGGUGGUUUGACUUGGGGCCCAGCUCUCUCUGUCUCAAAAGCUGCUGUAACUUCAUUGUUUGGACGAAUUGAGCGUGGAACACUACUCGUUACCGAUGCCGAAACUGGAAAAACAAUAUGUUAUGGAGCGAAGAUUGCAAAGGAACACAAGGCCAAUGGAGUGAAUGGCGUGAACGGACAUCAUAACUCGCGCAAAGCUGGUGCAGCAAGAAAGAUAGAAUUGAGAGUUAUCAAUCAAGCAUUUUGGGUGCGCCUCUUUCUGUUUGCCGAUAUGGGUUUCGCGGAGGCAUAUAUGUUGGGAGAAGUCGAAUGUGAUGACUUGACUGGAUUCUUCGAGCUUUUUAUCCAGAAUCGGAAUCAGCUGGCAAAUGCUACAACUCUCACCUCCUCUAUCGCCGCCACUAUUACAGGACUCGCCAGGAGUACCAACACUUUGUCCAAUUCUCUCCUCAACGUCUCCGCGCAUUACGAUAUCUCUAACGAGAUGUUCGCUGCAUUCCUUUCCGAAGACAUGACAUAUUCAUGCCCGAUAUGGAACCCUAUUUCUAGCGCCUCAUCCGAAUUGAAGGAGGAAACACUUGAAGAAGCUCAGAGAACAAAACUCGAUCGAUUCAUAGAUGGGGCAAAAAUCAAACCCUCCGAUCAUGUAUUAGAGAUUGGUACUGGAUGGGGUUCAUUUGCCAUUCAAGCUGUUAAACGAACAGGAUGUCGUGUAACAAGUUUGACCUUGUCCGUUGAACAAAAGGCCUUGGCCGAAAAGCGCAUUUUCGCAGCCGGUUUCGCGGAUAGAAUUGAAGUGAAACUUAUGGACUAUCGAGCACUACCCAUCCCAAAACAACCUUACGAUAAGAUAAUUUCCAUUGAGAUGCUCGAAGCUGUUGGCGCAGAAUAUCUGGAAACGUAUUUCUCCUGCAUCCAUCGAUUACUGAAACCAGAUGGAAUUGCCGUGUUCCAAUGCAUUACUAUGCCAGAGGGUCGAUAUGAGGCAUAUGCAAAGGGGGAGGAUUUUAUCCGAAAAUAUAUCUUCCCGGGUGGCCAUCUUCCUUCUAUUACACAAUUAAUUGAUAAUAUCACCAAAGCCUCAGAAGGAACAUUGGUUGUUGAAAAGGUGGAGAAUAUCGGAGGUCAUUAUGCGAAAACGUUGCGAUUAUGGAAAGAAAAGUUCUUGGCAAAUUUCGAGUCAAGGAUUAGACCUGCCUUAAUGGCGGAGCACAAGGAAAUGGGUGAGAGAGAGGUAGAAGUAUUCAGAAAGAAGUGGGAGUACUAUUUCACAUAUUGCGAAGCAGGAUUUGCAACAAAAACCCUUGGAGAUGCAAUAAUCACAGUGGGCAGAGAAGGAGCAUUGGAAUUGAUGGACGGUAUUCCCUUAUAAUCUCGAGAUCUCGGUUCAUAUUGAGGGUAAUUUUCUUGGAGUACUUGGAGUCGAUGGAUGGGAGAGGUAAUGAAUUUCUCUUUUCUCUAAUUUUCAAAAGUCAUAGAAGAAUUGGCACUGCAUUAGAGUGGCAGUGUGUUAGACCAUAGACUUGACUUUUUUGUCAUGGAUAACCCAUAGUAUAUUAUUAGUGGUGGCUGGCUUUUCUUGUCCUUGCUAAUGAAAUAGUGCCUAGCUGGAAUGU